AUGGCCUUUGACUUUCCUAACCGCAUCCCUGCAUAUUCAGACAGUCACUUCAUUGUGGUACUGUAUGUAGCACUUCGGAGGCAGAAGAAAAAAGACACCCUGAUGACCUCUAAAGAAGACAUCAGAGAUAAUGUAAUCCAUUAUGAUGAUGAAGGAGGCGGAGAAGAGGACACCCAGGCUUUCGACAUAGGUGCCCUGAGGAAUCCUAAAGUGAUUGAAGAUAACAAAAUACGCAGGGACAUAAAACCAGACACCUUGCGUUUUCCACGUCAGAGACCACCAGUGGAAGAUAACACAGACAUAAGAGAUUUCAUUAAUCAAAGGCUGCAGGAAAAUGAUGUAGAUCCAACUGCACCCCCUUACGAUUCCUUGGCAACCUAUGCUUAUGAAGGAAAUGGAUCUGUUGCAGAGUCUCUCAGCUCUAUAGACUCCCUUACUACAGAGGCAGACCAGGAUUAUGACUAUCUGAGUGACUGGGGACCUCGCUUUAAGAUCUUGGCAGACAUGUUUGGAGAAGAAGAAAGUUAUAACCCUGACAAAGUCACUUAAGUACAACUACAACCGUGAAAUAAAAAGAAAAGUAAACCCACAACAAAUUUAAAAGAUAAACCUAAGCUUUAUAAUAGGACAGGAUUCCUUUGAUUAUAAAAGACAGCAACUGUUUCCAGCAAGUUACUACAUUUAUCAUACUGUCAGUUUUGGUUUGAUCUGCGAAGGAAAGAUAAAUCCUGUAAUAUACACAGUUUUUUGUUGUUGUCAUUUUGUUACUCUGGAAUUACACUGAGACAAGCUCAGGCCUACAAGGUACAGUUUACUGACCCAACUUAGAAAGAAGAUAGCUUUCUGGCAUCACAGUGGAAGAGUGGUAGCUUUUUCGUAAUUCCACUAAAGUGCCUAUUGAAACUUUUAUCAUUUAAGUGGUAAAGAGUCUGCUGUGAUGGUGUUACAAAACUGAAUGGUAAAUUGGACAAGAACUUUAAGACAAGAAGCAAUAGCAACAUGCUGACUUCUUUUAGAACAAGGAUGGAGAUCACUUCCUGGAGUAUAUCUAAAACUAAGGGGGAUGUAUGUUGUGUUUGGGGGUUAUGUUUGUUUUCUUAAAAGAAGAAAACAGUAUGUCAAGACAUCAUAUUUCUUCUUCCAAAAUUUCACUUAAAAUUUAAAUUUAAAAUGCUGUUGCUCACUCCG